AUGAUGCCACAUGCCUCGUUAUUUGGGCCCAUGUUUCGUCGGUUCGACCGCCGAGGGAGGGGCGAAGGGCGAGAGGGCGGCGGACCACUUUGGGGACCGACGACCGCGCCGGGGAGAGGCUGGUUCGCCCUGAGAACGCAGGGGAUUCUCCACGCUGCUCACAGGCAUAUAGCAGGUGGCGAACCGGACGGGCUUCGUUUAGCUCGUGCGGCCCAGUAUCGGCUGUGGACGCUGGCUAGGGCUUGGCCUGCCGGCUGUGUUAGCAUGCUCACCGCUUGUAGAGUAGUAUUGAGAUCUCGUAAGGGCGGCGCCCCAAGCGACACGGCCAGGAUUGCCAAUGGCGCCCACCAGCACGCGGCCAGUCUCGUGGUCUUCUGUUUCUAUCCCACCGCCCGCAGACCGCCAAACUGCCGGCGUCAGGGUGCCCACAAGCGGACACAGGUGAACUCGCUUACCGAGCGAGUUAAAGAAGAGAACCUGAGCAUUGUCUGCAUCCCCACCUCCUUCCAGGCUCGCCAGCUGAUCCUGCAGAGCGGCCUCACGCUGAGUGACCUGGACCGGCACCCCGAGCUUGAUGUUGCCAUCGAUGGAGCAGAUGAAGUGGACUCUGACCUCAACCUCAUCAAAGGUGGAGGGGGCUGCCUGACACAGGAGAAGAUCGUUGCAGGCUAUGCAAAGUGCUUCAUCGUCAUCGCUGAUUACAGGAAGAGAUCCCAGAGCCUGGGGGAGCACUGGAAGAAGGGAAUUCCCAUCGAGGUGAUCCCCAUGGCUUAUGUCCCUGUCAGCAGAGCCCUGAGCAGGAGCUUCGGGGGCACGGCGGAGCUGCGGAUGGCAGUCAGCAAAGCGGGCCCUGUGGUGACAGACAAUGGGAACUUCAUCCUGGACUGGAAGUUUGACAAGGUCCAUGACUGGAGUGAAGUGAACACUGCUAUAAAAAUGAUACCAGGCGUAGUGGAGACAGGGCUUUUCCUGGGCAUGGCUCAGGCGGUGUACUUCGGGAUGCAGGACGGUUCGGUCAGCGUUCUCCAACGCCAGCCCUGCUGA